AUGCGCGGAGCGGAGCCGUCGCGGGCACGCCGCGCAUUCCACUUGGAGCCGGUGCGCCUGGUCAGGCCCCCCGCGGCGCGCUCGCCCGCGCGCUCGCCCGCGCGGGCGCCCUCGCGCGCUGCGCGGGCCGGACGGCUGCGCGACUACUCGUUUGGCGUCGCAGCGAACAUCGCAGUGGGCCUCAACCUGACCGCGGAGGAGGUGCGGGAGGGCCGCCAGCACCUGGACGGCCUCAUCGAGGGCAUGUUCUCCUCGCGCCUGGCGGACCUCGGCCGGCGCAAGCGCGCCGCGCGGCUCGCCCGGCAGAGGCUCGACAGCCUCCUCGAGGACCACCUGGACCCGAUCGCCAAGUCCAUCGCGAGCGGCGGGGCCACGGCCAGGGGCUACGGCGCCAGGCGGACCCUGCUUGAGGAGAUUAUCUCGGCCGCCCGCGCUGGAGGCAUACCUUACAGUGGCGGCAAGUGGCUAUAUGACCUCGUCGUCACCGUGCUCUUCGGCUGCACCGUGACGGCCGCCGACUCCAUGGCGCUGGCGCUGGAGAGCCUCGCGGGGGCGCCGGACGUGCUCGCGGACCUGCGGUCGGAGCAUCUGGGGCUCAGAGCGGCGGACAUGGUCGGCCCCUGGGGGCUGUCCAAGAUGCCGGUGACGGACGCCGUGGUGCGCGAGGAUCUCCCUCUCGCUUUCUAA